CUGGGUAGUAGGUAUCUACUGCCGGAGCCCUUGAUAAAUCAGUCAAAAACUGUCUGCGCACUCACUGCUUGAGGAUGACACCGAAGAGCUACAUGGCGUUGACCACAAUCCGCCACCAUCGUGUGCUACACAGGCCGCUUAUUCUGUGUAAGGUCAGCCACUGGCGGAGACUCAUGGCGCGCCACAUUUGCUCGACGCUGCCUGUCAGCUUUGAAGCUCAAAGCACCGUCGCCACAUUAUCGACUACAGCCUUACCAUAUAUGGGAAUGUCAAACCGCCGCCGUUUUCUGCCCGUAAAAGGGCAGCCCAACUUGGAGACCCACCAACAACCCCCCUCUCAAUAACGCACACUGAACUGCCCUCACCAAAUCUAUACCUUACACACCCCUUCACCGUCUCCCAGAUGCAGUCGAGGAACGUCUGCGUCAUGGCCAAGUUCAAUCCGGACUUAGUCAAAGAUUGUUACUCUGCUCACGAGUUCAUCCCGAAUAACCACCGCACACCGUCAUGGGAAGUGCCCGACCACCCAUGAAGAAGACUGCCGAGACAGGCUGGAGUGUUCGUUGUAGCCAGUGCAAGCUACUCUUGGACGUGGCCUGUUGUACAAACGUGUCCAGCCCAACAUCUCGUGUCCUCGACAAUGUAGCAUGGGACUCUAGGCAUAGGGCAGACCGGUCUCCGAACGCCCCCCGAAUUACGAAUUUGCGUUCUCGUUGUCUACUGCCAGGCGUUCACAUUCACUGCCAGGCAUUAAAAUCACUGCCGAGCAUUCUCAUCUUCUACACCCAAGCGCCCUUCACUACCGUCGCACACUCUCAUCUCUUGUCAGACGGGCUCAUUAUAUUUCAAGGAGUUCUCAUCUUCUACAUCCAAGUAAUCUUUGUCUUACUUGGAGGAAGCAUGGUUCUCUUUGGCCAGGCAUUCUUACCCUCUACUGCCAGGCGGGCAGGCGUGCUCAUCUUAUCGCCGGGCGUUGAUCUUAUGGUCAGGCGUUCUCAUCCUCUACUUCUAGGCGUGCUCACCUACCGCCAAAUGUUCUCAUCUUACCGCCAGGCGUGCUCAUCUUACUGUCGGAUGUUCAUCUUGCUUGCUGUCAGGCGCUCUCAAACUACCACCCGACAUUAUCACUCUACUAUCGUGCAUUCUCAUCUUACUGCCAGGCACCCAUCUUACCGUCAGGCAUUCUAAUCCUGCCGCCACGCGUGCUCAUCCUACUUCCAGGCACUCACCUUACCACCAGGCUUUCGCAGGUCACUGCCAGGCGUACUCACCCUACGGACAGGAGUUUCCGCCUAUGGAUAGACGUGCUCAUCUUACGGACAGGAGUUCUCAACUAAGCGACACCCUUCUGACCCUGGAUCAAGUGCGACUUUCUCGCUAUUGAGAUCGCACUUGCAUGGUAUCCUUGACGCAUAGGAAUGAACGUUGUACCUGUGCUCGCAUUAGUUACAUGUUUCUUUUAUUUUAUUUUGGGAGGGGGGAAUUCAAUCCAGUUUUGUGCUUUGUGCCG